AGUGAAAAUGGAAUUGCCCUUAAAAGGAGGGAAAAGCCACCGGUCUGCCUUUGUCUCAGGGAUCCACGCUCCUGGAAUCAGAGCUCGAUGUCCUGGGUGAAGGAGAAGCUGCUCAGGAACCACAGCUUCCAGCUGCGGGGCUCGCUGCAGAGGAAGAGGCACCUGAAGGCUUCCUCAGUCACAAAUCACUUUUGAGGGAGAUGAGUGCAGGAGGAGCCCGGUGAGCCUGCCCCAGGAUCGUGGAGCAUCCAACAGCACCAGUGCCAGGGUCGUGGAGCAUCCAACAUCACCAGAGCCAUGCUCCCAGGCAGACAAACGGGCUCUGCCUGCUUCCUGUGGCUGUGCUUGCUGCUUCUCAGUGGCCCCGCUCUGCAGCCAGGUAUUGCUGCAUCCAGAAAUUACCCUGCUGAGGGGACAAAUGGCUCUACCAAACCAAAUGUGACAGUUUAUCGCUGUAAAGAUUGUGACAGCAAAAUUUGCCAAUUAUCCAGUUACGAGAGCUUUGAAAAAAUCGGAGAAACACAAAAUGGGACAUUAUCUAAUGACAUUAUUCAGUUGGUGAACAAUGAAACUCACAUCAUUAUGUGCUUUCAGCAAGAAAUUAAGUAUCUUAACGAAGUUUAUGUCAUCGUCUUGGAUAAAGACUGUGGAAUAGGAGAAUCCUGUGGCAACGUGGAGCUUGGAGAAAAUGGGGCGCAUCACAUCACAGAGGAGGAAAAAAUCUGCUGUGCAGUAAUUACGAAUGAAACCAAAGCAUACGUCAGUAACCUGAACUGCUACAUUGAAAGCAAGAAAAAAAGCUCAAUAUACAGGUCCCCUGAUGAUAUAACUCUAGAUAGUCCAACAGAUCCAGGCAGCAGAAAAAGAAUUGGCAUCACUGCCGCUUUCCUGAUUCUUGGGGUUUGUGCAGCAGCAGCACUGGUGCUGUAUUGUGUUCAAAGAACCCGAAAUGGUCAAGGACCUGUCGUAGUGCUCUAUCAGAUUCUUAAAGUGAAUGGAGAGAAACAGCUGUCUUGAGAAGGUUCUAUAAAACCCAAUCAGGCUUAUGAAAGCAGAAGGUCACAGCCAUUUGAAGCAUCAUCUACAAAUGAGACAAACCAGGCCUUCAUGUCAGCAGCAUCCUUCUCAAGCAAAGUCUAGCCAUCACCUGAAGAAACACGUUUAUUUUAUACAAGACCUCACAGUAGUUUUCACAAAUGUACUUUCACCACUCCCAUGCAUUCACCAAGGACUGCAAUUGCCCUAGUUAUCCAACUCCAGGCUUUUGCAAGCAAUAUGAGAAGCUUCCUGGGGCUACUGUCCUCUCCUGGUACUUGGUUGAGGAGCCCCAGCAUCACAAGAUGCAUGGCUUCUUUGGCAGCACAGGCUUAAACCAACUGAAUCUUCCCAAUGGUUUUUAUGGUUGAAACUAUCAGUUCUCCUAAAAUCCUUUGGAGAACUGCAUCUGUGCUCAGGCAGGCCGUCUUGAACCCUGAUGGAGAUGUUCUCUGCAUAUCUUCCAUGUCGUAACACGGUAGCGUGGCCAUAGUUUUUCAUCCGUUAACUCCCAGGUGGGUUCUAGAUUUCCCCAAGGAAGAGUUUUGUAGAACCAUGGGACAGCUUGGGUUGGAAGGGACCUUAAAGACCACCCGCUAGCUCAGGCUUUCCAGAGCCUCAUCCAGCCUGUACAGGUGACUGGUUUGUUUCAUUAGAGCGGUUUGGCCUUCUGAGCCAAAAGCCUGGUUUUGCAGCCACCUGCAGGUUGAAGGCUACUCUGCGGGCUCUGUCCUGUGCAGCAGAGACAGGAGGGCCUGCACUUCAGGGAUCCCCAAAGGGUAGUUCACAGGCAGCAUGUCAUCUUCAAAUGAUUUACAACUCAUGUUUGAUUUGAGUAAAUCCUCAAAAUUUGCAUUAUACCCAAACCAGUAUCAGGCUUUUGAGCAAAAAGCAGCAGCAUCCAAAUUGCAAAAGCACAUCCCCGAAGCGGGAUGGAUGCUUGUUGAAUCAUUUUUUGCGUGGUUUAACCAACCAUAAACCUGUAAGCUGGCACUUUCAGCAGGAAAUCUCAAAGGAUGUAGGAUGUUGUGUGACUCUGUGUACAUAAAAAAUACAAAAAAAAGUAAACAAAAGUAUACAAAAAAGUUAUGGACCUUUUAUUUUUUUCUUAACCUCAAAACUUUGGAAGGUCCUUCAAAUACAAGUAGGAAAUUUCUGUGUUGUUUUGCAACAGUAUGAUUAGUUCAACGUGCGUUUUUCCAGUGCAGUUGUCAUGGGUGUUACUUUUGGUUCUGUUUCUCUGCUGUAAGUCAUUGCUGUGAGAGCCUCUCAGGAAGUGCCAAGCAUUCCCAUUGAUGCAUUGAGCUGUGUGCUGGGCUUCAGGAGAUUCCAGUGAUGCGUACCUGAUUUUCCUAGACCUAGAAAAAUACUGUCUUAAAAUUAAAGGCUAUCGCAGUUCUCUGAUGUGGUCUUUUAAUGGGGAAAAACAAAUGUGUGUAUACAUAUUCAUGUGUGCAUGUAGGGUGGUCAAAUUGAUGACUGACACUGUUCUUUUUUUGUGUACCCUCAGAUUUUGAGUUUUUUGAAAAAGAGACAACACGCUAUUUGACAACUUAAAUUGUAGUAAUUCGAGGGAUUCAAGUUUAAUAGUGUGCAAGUUUAAUUUCUAAUCUUUAACACCAGUUGGGGCCAGAGAGCUAGUCAAGUCUUGAGAAUAAAGGUUACCUGCCCGGUUCUGCCCAGUGACAGUUGCUCAGCUAAAUCUGUCACAAGAUGCAAUUCACAAACUGAUUUUGGGGUUCACCCAGGCACACACUUUCCUUCUCAUCUUUUCUGCCUUCCUACUGCUGAUUUUGCAGACGGUGAUAGUCAGAGGUGUCACUCCCAGCUGUUCUGAUUUGCGCCUCCUGAGCUGCGUUUUGCCUGUAAUGCCAGUCAUCCAAUGUCUUGGGAAAAGGGCUUUAAUGAUCUAUGCUCUUGGCUCUCAGCAAAUGGAUGAUGUUGCUUUAUGUGCCUUUUUACAAAUAAAUAUAUCCACGCAAAUAGUUCUGAAAUAAAAAUCAACUGAAAAUA